UCCCAUCCUCAUAUCUGAAGUGACUGCAUGCAACAAGAGGGAUGCUCAGCACAGGCACACUAUACUUUUAGCAGUCAUUAUCUGGAAGCACAGGCAUGCUACAGCCCUGAAGGUGAAGGACCAGUGGGAAAGGGGGAGAUCUCAAGGAUUUAGACUACUUUUAACCUGCCACCCAUGCAAGUCAUGUCGGAUCCAGAGAUAUGGGUAAGAUCGACGAGAAUGAGAGGAUAAUCCUCAACGUUGGGGGCACAAGACACGAAACAUACAGAAGCACACUGAAGACUGUGCCAGGGACCAGGCUUGCACUCCUUGCAUGUGAAUCUCACAGUGACCAAGGACUGGAGCAACCGCCGGUUCCUGGCUCCUUUCAGUGCACCUCCAGGGGCAAUGAGUUCUUCUUUGAUAGACACCCUGGGGUCUUUGCCUAUGUGCUGAACUACUACCGCACAGGAAAGCUUCACUGCCCAGCUGAUGUGUGUGGGCCUCUCUUUGAAGAGGAGUUGGCCUUUUGGGGCAUUGAUGAGACAGAUGUGGAGCCAUGUUGCUGGAUGACGUACCGUCAGCAUCGUGAUGCAGAAGAAGCACUGGACAUCUUUGAGACUCCGGACCUGAUCACUGGAGAGCUGGCACCUAUAGAUGAAGAUGACGAGGAUCUGGGAAAAAGACUGGGCAUUGAGGAUGUGGUUGGUCCAGAUGGCAAAGUUAGUCGCUGGAGAAGGUUACAACCACGAAUGUGGGCUUUAUUUGAGGAUCCUUAUUCUUCCAGAGCCGCUAGGUUCAUCGCUUUUGCUUCCUUGUUCUUCAUCCUGGUAUCAAUAACAACCUUUUGUCUGGAAACUCAUGAAGCAUUUAAUACCAUUAUUAACAGAACAGAACUAAUAAAUAAUGGAACAGAGAUAGUGCCAUUAAUUGAAAUUGAGACCGACCCUGCCCUGACAUACGUCGAAGGAGUUUGUGUGGCAUGGUUUACAUUUGAAUUUUUAGUUCGUAUCACCUUCUCCCCUGACAAACUUGAAUUCGUCAAGAAUCUUUUAAACAUUAUAGAUUUUGUGGCAAUUUUGCCAUUUUACUUAGAGGUUGGACUGAGCGGGCUGUCAUCCAAAGCUGCUAAGGAUGUACUCGGGUUCCUUAGGGUUGUCAGAUUUGUUCGUAUACUUCGAAUUUUCAAGUUGACCCGUCAUUUUGUAGGACUAAGGGUGCUGGGGCACACUCUUCGAGCUAGUACUAAUGAAUUUUUGCUUCUAAUAAUAUUUUUGGCUCUAGGAGUCUUGAUUUUUGCCACAAUGAUCUAUUAUGCAGAGCGGAUUGGUGCCAAUCCCGGUGAUCCAUCAGCGAGUAAUCACACUCAGUUCAAAAACAUUCCAAUUGGAUUCUGGUGGGCUGUGGUUACUAUGACUACACUGGGCUAUGGGGACAUGUAUCCUAAGACUUGGUCAGGGAUGUUAGUAGGUGCACUGUGUGCGUUGGCUGGCGUUCUUACAAUUGCAAUGCCUGUGCCAGUCAUUGUUAACAAUUUUGGAAUGUACUACUCACUUGCUAUGGCAAAACAGAAGCUUCCAAGAAAAAGAAAAAAAUACAUUCCUCAUGUGGCUCAAGCUGGUUCUCCUACUUUCUACAAGAUGGAUUUGAAUAUGGGAUGUAACAGUACACAAGUGGAUGCUUGCCUUGGCAAAGACAACAGGCUGAUGGAACAUAACAUGUCAGGUGAAGACAGUUCAGGAAGUGACCAACCACUCUCCCCUGGAGAACGACAUCCAAUUAGACGUUCUAGCGCUAGAGAUAAAAGUCGAAGGGCAGGAACCUGUUUUCUGCUGACCACAUCAGAUUACGCAUGUAGCAGUGAUGGAGGGAUACGGAAAGGGACAUACAGUUAUACCAAUGUGCUUCCAAAUGAUAACCAACACUUCAUUGAACGUUCAUUUCUUGUGAGUUUCUGAUCCAUUCUGAAGAUGUCUGGGAUCCUGUGUUUACCGCUCGCAGUGUAACAGAUCAGACCAUUUGCUUGGGCCAUUCUGUCUACAAAUCAUAUCAACGCAAUGUCGCAGAUUACUGGGGCUGCCAAAUAGCCUUGAAUAUACGCUUGGCAUCGUAUCACUCGCUAAUCAGUUGUUUGCCAGUAGGUUUUUUUUUGUUUGUUUGUUUUCUUUCCUUAUUUCAGUUGACAUUUUUAGAUUACUUUUGAUAUAUUUUUUAUACUGUACUAAAAAUCUUGUAAUAGAGUUCCGAAUGUCUCUGGUUGUUUGCACACAGAUAACUGCAAAGAGGUUGUCAUUACUGGUUACACGCAAGCAGAGGCCAGAUCUCUUUCAUAAUGGCUUGGGAAGGCACAAUACAUUUGAAAAGGUAAAUGCCAUCCAGGCUCACAAUUCUAAACUAGCAGAUAUAUUUUUUUUACACCAGGGUUCUUCAACAUUUUCAUAGGCAAAAUUCGAAGAAAUAACAAAGUCAAAUAAAAACUAAAAUACUAAUUUAUUUUUUAAUCCAAAUAAAAGGGCCAUGCUUCUUUGUAUAGAGGGAUUUUUUGACCAGCCUUAAACAUCUGAAUUUAAAAAUGUUGCAUAUUUUUAUCCAGCAUUUUUUUUUAACUUUUGUGUCAUAUAUGUUCAUGUUAAAUUGUCUAUUCAGUUGUUAAGAUGUUUCAUUCACCUUUUUUCAAACUGUGCCAGUGCACAGUAAAUAUCAGACUCCAUUCUUUAUUUUGUGUUUUGCUGUGUUUCAUGUGCUUUAAGUAUGGUUGAUGAAUUAUGUAGAAUCAAAACAUUAUCACCUGGAUGUUACAACAGGUCUAAGAGUAAUCUAUGCCGACUUCAGCAGUGAUGGAUUUAACUCAGCUACCAGCAAUCUGCAUUAUACUUGAAGUUCUAUGACUGAUCAGGAACAAAUAUAUACAAUAUAACAGCAGACAUGAUGUUUUGGGCUGGUGAUUAAUAAAAAGGCUCAAAAAUCCUAUAUACUAACCUUGAGAUUGUUGAAUAAUCCCUGAUUGUCUUUCGUCUGUUUAUAUUAUCAUCUAUUUAGCACUGAUAACUUAUAAAGUCUUUGCAAUUUAACUUUUACUGAACUAUCCUAAAUUAAA